CCUUCCAACGGCUGCAAACAAAAAAAAGUAAACAACCCGUGUAGCCCAGCCCAACCUGAUUUAACUUAUUCAUCCAAUACCAACUCAACGUAAGACAAAGCUUCAAACCGCGUUUCCUUCCGUUUGUUGCUCCUGUUUUGCUCGAAUAACCAUUUCAACUCAAUUUGUUUGUGUCUCCUGUAUCUUCCCGUGUUUCCGUCACCAUGAACGCGAUUUUCAACUUCCUGUCAUCACCGCUCAAGCAGCCGGCAGAGAGACCUCCACCUUCGAGCAUGCCCCUUACCGCCUCGCGACCGAGUUUGUCGCCUAGAGAGCAACGUCUUGCCAAACGCGCUGCGGAUAGAUUUUCGGAGCCGGAAGGUCGCAGUCCCCGCUCGCGUCUGAGUAACGUUUCUCUUGCAUCAACCGACCACGAUAACACCGCCGAGAUUUCUGUCGUUAGUCGACGACGAGAAACCAUCGCCAUGCCACCGCCCAGCGUCAAGAAGCGCAUCAGCACGUCUACGCGCUCGUCGCCGAUACACAAACCAAAGUCUAAUGGAUCUAUUUCACGCGUGGCAUCGUCGCCUGCCAUCCGAUCCUCCCCUAGAAGGCGAGCAUCGGUUGAGCUUGGAUCUUCGCCACCCACCAGCUUCAUCAAGUCACCAGCCUUGACCCCUAAGAGCAGCAUCAAUGGAGUUUCUCGAAGCAGCGAGGCUAAGAGUCCUAGAAGAUCCUCGAGGGCCUCGCGCGUGACAGAACCGCAAACAAAUGGCAAACCACAGAAAGAGAAGACCCCCGAGGAACAGCCCGAAGAGAAGCCCCAAGAGGUGCAGUCUGAGGAGGAAGCAGCGCAAGAUGACGACGAUAAGGAGUUCGAAUUCGAGAGCAUUGCGGAUUAUCGCUGGGCCAAGAACAAAAUCGAGCUUCGUAUUCAAUGGACAGAUGGCGACAACACUUGGAUCCCGGAGGAACUUCUUCACGCCGAUAACCCGGAAGCGCUUUUUGCGUACUGGCGCUCGCAGCCCCAGGGGCGACCUAACCGACAGGGCGAUAUCUACCAGGUUUUCGCGAUUCGAAAGCACCGCGUGCGUAAGGGCGUACCGGAGGUCAUGGUGGAAUGGGUAGGCUACGACAAUUCCGAAAACACUUGGGAGGCCCAGGACUACAUCGAAGAGGUCGCGCCCCAGCACGUCGAAGCCUAUUUUGAUAAAGUCAAGGGCAAGGGCAAGGUUCAGGCCAAGAGCAAGGCGAAGAGCAAGGCGAAGCCCAAGGCUGCUGCGAAAACUAAGGUUCAGGCAAAGACUUCGGCUCGCAGCGGAACUAGAAGCAGCUCAAGGGUUACGAAGCGAUGAAGAAUCACAGUGGAACAAGACAUGGAAAUUGGUGAUUUGAUUGUAUUAUUUUGACUCAAAAUGGUUGUGGAAGUGCGUUUGAAGGGAGCUAGCUACUGGAUGCUGGACGCUGGCGGUCCAGAUGAAAAUGGGUACCUUGCCUGUGAUGAUGGAAAUGAACAUUGUUUGGACUGUAAUUAUCAUCGGAGUGGGAACAAUAAGCAAACUGCAUUUCUUGUUACACAUGUUUUCUUGAAUGUGAAGUAGUCAUUUUGCUGCCUUGCAAAUGCGUCAUGGUGAUGAUCUGGUUUG